CAAUCCAAUGGAGUGGUUGCUUUUUUUUUUGCAAUAGCCGUACGUAUAAGGACGAUAGCAUAAAUUCGCCGCAUUUGAUCGACGCCUAUAGACGCUUGUUCAUGCUGCUCGUCAGAUUGGGAUACCAUUAGAGGUCGCCGAAGUACGCCAUAGAGCUUGCCUGAUGAAAGCUGCAAUGAAAGCGUGGAAGACGAUGAGGAUAUGCCAAAAGCUGUGUUGUUUGCUUCUUCACCGACCUCCAUUAUUGUCGAUCGCUUUCUUUCAAACGUGGUCGUUGUGUCUACCAUCAGCCACGGCACGUGGAGCAAUCCAUCCCUCUCGAGGUACCGGCCCUAUGUCAGGCACUACCCGUGCAGCCGGAUCCGAAAUUCGCGUAAAUCGCGGUCAGUGUGAUGAACCAGCAUCUAACGAACGUGCGGGUACUUGCGUCGCGUGUGUGAAGUCUAUCCCUAGAGUCAACGAACCAAUCACCACGAGUCCAGCCGCCACGAGCAGCAGAUGUCGUUUCAAGUCGCGCACCAAGUCAGGAACGCGACUGCAAAUCGCCCGCUUACCCGGGCCGAGUCAAUCCACAGAGGAGCCUGGUCGUGUGUUACGUGACGGCAGCGGGUGAAGUGCCAACUGGUGCUUGCUGACCGUUGAGCGCUCAGCAUGGGGCGAAGAGCUUGGCCCGAUCAUUGCCACGAAGGUCGAUUUGAGCGCAUUAUUGUUCCGAGCAGUGUGCCUGAGACUGCAGGGCGAAGGAACAACAAGACACGUUACGAAGUCGAUCACGCGCAUGCCAACCGCAGCCCAAGAUUACGGCAGAGAAAUGACGAGUGCGCGGUAAUCCGCGUAGCGUCGCCUCUAAG